AUGGCACCUUCAGGACAUCACGUCAACGUCAGUCGCUGCGAGACACACGAUUCAGGGCCUCAGGCGCCCCAAACGGCAAUCUCUGAUCCGUUCGGAGAGAAUAUGCGCGGAGGGGAAGAUAUGAGCUUCAGUGAGCCCGAAAGAGGAGACAGCGCGCAUGGGAAUCACUCUAUAAUGGGUUCAGAAAAAAAUCGCAGUCGUUGGAAAAUUUUCCUCACGAUGAUCGCCCUUUCGCUCAGUCUGUUCAUCUCUGCUCUGGAUCAAACGAUCGUGGCCACCGCAACGCCCACAAUCUCUGCCGAGCUGCACUCGGGCACGGGCUACGUAUGGAUCGGAGGUGCAUAUCUCAUUGCCAAUGCUGCCAGCACGAACAUCUGGGCCAAUCUGUCCGACAUUUGGGGUCGCAAGCCGAUUCUCCUGUCGGCGGUGGCCUUGUUCUUCGGCGCCUCGAUUAUCUGCGCCAAGGCAGUUGAUAUGCCAAUGUUGAUCGCGGGUCGCAGUGUCCAGGGCAUAGCAGGUGGUGGAUUGCUUCAAUUGAUUACGAUCACCAUCUCCGAUCUCUUCAGUGUCAGACUCCGCAGCUUGUUCCUCGGACUCAUCGAGUUUAUUUGGGCGAUCGCCGGUGCUCUAGGGCCACUUGUCGGUGGUUCCUUCACCGAGUCCAUCUCCUGGAGAUGGAUAUUCUGGAUUAAUUUGCCUAUCUGCGGCACCGCCUUCGUUCUCCUGUUUCUGUUCUUGGAUAUUCACAACCCGAGGACUGGGGUUCUAGAUGGUCUCAAGGCCGUUGAUUGGUUUGGCAGCUUCUCCAUCCUAGGCUUGACGGUCAUGGUGCUCCUCGGCCUGGACUUUGGCGGGGACAUCUUCCCCUGGGAUUCGCCCAAGGUCAUCUGUCUGAUUGUCUUCGGAUGCUUGAUGACGCUGGUUUUCAUCUACUGCGAGAAGCGCCUGGCAAAGUAUCCGCUUAUGCCACUGGGUAUAUUCGGGAAGCGAUCGAACGUUGCCUGUUUUCUCGUGGCCUUUACACAUGGCUUUGCAUUCCUCGGGGCUGAAUACUACCUUCCGCUGUACUUCCAGUCCGCCCAAGAGGCUAGCCCCUUCCGCUCGGGUCUAUUGAUCUUGCCCUUCGUUCUAACCGAGGCUACCCUGAGUCUGGCAGCCGGUCUCAUCAUCCACAGUACUGGCCGAUAUCUCGAAGUCGUCUGGGCCGGCACAACACUGGUCCUUCUCGGAACCGGCCUGUUCAUCGACUACGACGCCACCUCAUCCCUUGGCAAGAUCGUGGGCUACCAGAUCGCAACCGGCAUGGGAUGCGGACUUCUCUUCUUCCCGCCCCUCCUGGCCCUCCAGAGUAACGUGCGUCAAGACGAAACCGCCUCAGCGACCGCGACCUUCGGCUUCAUCCGGAACAUGGCCAUGGCGAUGUCCGUGGUGAUCGGGGGCGUGGUCUUCCAGAACAGCAUGGACCAACGCAAGUCUGCGCUUCUGGCCUCGGGGCUCUCGCCGACAAUGAUGGAGGAGCUGACGGGAUCCGAGGCUGCAGCCAACGUGAUGCUCAUUCGCUCGCUGGAUGACCCGCAGCAGCGCCGGGCGGUCAAAGAUGCAUAUGCAUGGAGUAUGCGCAACAUCUGGAUUCUCUAUGCGUGCUUGGCGGCCGUGGGGUUCCUGGCCAGCGCGUUCAUCACCAAGCAGCAUCUUAGCCAGGAACACGUCGAGACGAAGACGGGACUCAGGGAGAAACAGGCGCCGGCUGAGCGUCAACCGGAAACUCCGUUGACCGAACUCUGA